UCGACAAUCGGUAUAUUUCUAUAUUAAAUCUGAAAAACUCGUUGGCCACACUGACCGGAUUCUGAAAGGGAAUAUCUUAUAUAUUUUUGUGUAGCGUGAAUAUAUUUCGAAUAAACGAAUCACAAUGACUGCCUGGAGAGCUGCCGGAAUUACCUACAUCCAAUACUCCAACAUCGCCGCUCGCAUUUUGCGCGAGUCCUUGAAGACGGGACUGCGUGCGGAUGCCGCCAAGCGCGACGCGAGUCAUGUGAAGUUCACUCCCUGGGCAAAUGGCAAGCCAGCUCAGCGUCAAACCCAAUCGGAAUCCUAGAUGCUUUUCAGUGGCCCCUCGAGAAUGAUUAGCAACAACUAAGAUCCGCCAAUGCUGCAAUGUUGUAAAAUCAUCAAAAAUAAUAAAAUUAAAUAAAUGUAAUUUAUUUAAACAA